UACUACUACUACUACUACUACCACUACCACUACUACUACUACUUCUACUACUACUACUACUACUACUACUACUACUACUACUACUACUACUACUACUACUACUACUACUACUACCACUACUACUACUACUACUACUACUACUACUACUACUACUACUACUACUACUACUUCUACUACUACUACUACUACUACUACUACUACGACCACCAUUAUUCUUUUCUCAUUCUUUAG